AUGGCCUUGUCGUAUUUUAUGACCCAUCUGUGCCUGUUGAUUACCCUUUUGGCCCAUGUCGCACAAGCUUGGCAAGUGCCUGCGGAGUAUGCUAUCACAGCAUCCCAAAACAAUCGUUUCUUCCAGGACUCGACUGGCCAGCCAUUCUUUUGGCAAGCAGAUACCGCCUGGCUUCUAUUCCACCGCUUGAAUCUUACAGAAGCAGAGUUGUAUCUUAGCGAUCGCUCGAACAAGGGUUUCAAUAUCAUCCUCGCAACUGCUUUCACCCAGAUAGGCAUCAAUAACUCUAAUCGGAAUGGUGAUCUUCCAUUUGUCGACGAAGACGUUACUCAGCCUAAUGAGCCAUAUUGGGCGUUUAUAGACUCCAUUCUCGAGGUCGCUUGGGAGAAAGGGAUUCGUGUGGCUAUGGUUCCGGCCUGGGGUUACUAUGUCCACUCUAGCGAUAAUGAAGGCUCGGUCAUCAAUACAACGACGGCACGAGCAUUCGGCAGCUUGAUUGGUCAGCGCUACCCUUAUCUUCCCAAAUUGUUAGUUGCGGAUACAAAUCCAUGGUGGCAGAACAAGACUGCAGUGAAGGAUAAUUACUCCAGAGGCGGCGUGCCCCCGGAGUAUCCACAUACUGAUUGGAGUGAUGUUUAUGAUGAACUUGCGGGUGGCAUCAUCGAUGGGGAACGAGAAUCGAUCCGUGCUGCGGCUUCUUGGACCGGGGCCUUCCAGAAGGACCCUUCCCUUUGGUGGCCACUUAUGACCAUCCAUCCGACGAACCAGUGGUUCAGCGGAGGUCCUAUAGCACUUGCCAGCGCAUUCAUGGGAGACCGUCCGUGGCUGACCUUCGAUGCAAGCCAGUCAGGACACGCCGACUACGCACCGAAUCCACCCAUCCCGUGGUGGAAUUGUCGCCGGGGCUGGGAACCAGUACAACUGAUGUAUGCAGCUGGCGACACAGGCAAGGGGAGAACACGUCCUGUGUUGGACAAUGAACCUCACUAUGAGAAUCGUUACAAUAACGGAAAGAGUACGAAGGCAUACUGGAACGCUACUGACGUUCGCAUUGGCAGCUGGCAGACCGUCUUCUCCGGUGCUGCAGGGGUAACUUAUGGUGCCGAUAAUGUAAUGCAGAUGUAUAUCCCGGAACUUUAUCAGCCCUCGGGAAGUGGGCCAGCCAUCUCUUGGGCUGAGGAUAUCCACCUUCCAGGAUCUGGCCAGAUCCAGUACAUACAGAAGGCCAUCAGUGACAGGGGCGGCGGAUCGUAUUACAAUCGGGUUCCGGCACAGAAUAUCAUUGUCAGCCCAAGUGGCACUGACGAUAAGCGAGUCACAGCUACUGUUGAUAGCUUGGGUACAUGGAUUAUGGUCUACACGCCUACCGGAGACCCUUUCAGCAUCGAUAUUCAAAGCCUCAGUGGUUGUAACGUGGAGGCGAGUUGGUACGACCCCUUGAGUGGUAAAUAUACGGCCUUCAAGCACUCGCAGUGUGAAGACACUGGACAUAUUCGUCACUUCACACCGCCCCAGACACUUGAGCAUAACGACUGGGUGCUUGUUCUAGACCUCAAGUGA